AUGAGCGCGUACAAGGCCCUCGAGAUGGCCGGCUGCUCUGCGGGCCAGAUAAGAACGACGGACCCCAACAAGACGGCCGUCUUCUUCGCGCAGAGCUUCGACGACCAGCUCAAGGUCCGCCACCGCGUCCUGGGGUGUGACACAUACACGCUGCAGAGCAUCCAACGCGCCUUUGGCCCGGGCCGGCUGGCCUUCCAGAUGAAGUGGGAGGGGCUGACGUACGCGCUCGACUCGGCCUGCGCCAGCUCCACGUCGGCCAUCCACCUCAUCUGCAUGAGUCCAUUGUCAAGGGACGUCGACAUGACCGUUGCGGGCGCCACGACCAUCUUGUCCGACCCGCAUUCCUUCAUAUUUCUGAGCAAGGUCGGCGUUUUAUCCGAAACUGGCAACUGCAAGACCGCCGCCCUCGUCCUGAAACGACUCGAGGGCGCUGUCGCCCACGACGACAAGAUCCUGGCCGUCAUUGCCUCGUCGGCCAGAAACCACUCUGGCAACGCGACGUCCAUCACAAUGUCCGAUGCCAAUGACCAGGAACGACUCUUCAAAGUAUACACAAGAUCCGCCAUUUAG